AUGGAAUCACAGUGUUUUCCCCUACUCCUUACUGUUGGUCUCAGAGGUGGGUAUGUUAGUGAUUUGGUCGACACAGGAGCCACGUGUAGUCUUAUCGACGUAGAUCAGUGUCAGAUUCGUGAGCUAAGCCGAGACGGCCCGCGAGUGAAAGCCGUCAACGGGUCUCGUCUCCAAACCUGGGGCUGUCUGGACGUCGAAUUUCAGAUGGUGGGAACCAAGGUCAAGCACCCCAUGGUGGUCGCCUCGAAUCUGCCAUGGAAGAUGAUAUUAGGAAUUGAUUUUCUACGCCAUUUUGAAAUAUGCCUCGACCUGAGUAGGAACAUUCUAACCUUCGACGGGAAAGAAAUUCACGUGGGAUCAGGCGAAGCAAGCGAGGAGGAUUGGGCACUCGAACUCCACACCGUGGAUCCCCCUGGCCAGGUGUCGCGCAUGGUAGAGAAUACCAGGGAACUAUUGAGCGAAGAACAGCAAGGGAGAUUGAAGGCGAUGAUAGACAGCCACAAAUUGGCGUUUGCCUGGGACGGUGUACCUUUGGGUCGUACCAAAAUAAUUCAACAUCGCAUCGGCACGCAAGGAGCCGCGCCCAUCAAACAACAUCCUCGCCGUUUGCCCGUAGCUUACCGGUAA